AUGCAAAAGAGUCAAAACCAGAAGUCGUUGAAGCACGAGUCAAUUAGAAUUUCUAGUUCUUCCCCUAAAGAAUAUUCUAAUGAAUUUUCGACUAAUAGUCACUCGGUCAACUCUUCAACCAUUACCACCACCUCCGCAGCAACCUUAGCAGCUGCAGCUGCAAAAGGACAAUUUUCUUUUAGUCAGUUACUUGCUGCCUCCUCUCAAGGACAACCGCCAUUUUUAAUGCCGCCAGAUUUUGCUCAGCAUUUACUGACAGGAAAGCUACCUUUAGGUCCCAACUUUACAGGAUCUCAACUGAAUCCACACGAAUUUCAACAACAACAACAAAAUCUUCAGGGGCUAGGACAGCUCCUUUUUCUUCAACAUGGGCAACUACCUCCUAGCGUUCAGGCUCAGCUAUUUCUUCAGAGUCAGGGUCUUCUGAUGCAUCAAGCAUUACAAAACCUACAGUUUCAAGCUGCCGCUUCUUUGAAUUCUGGAACAGCCAGUCCACGAACAGCUGUUACAGCGGCUCACACCCAUGAACCCAGCAAACAAGAGAUCAUCGAGCCCCAAGAGACACUACAAACCAAGAAUGCUCCAGCUAGUUCACACGUAAUAUCUGAACACCAAGAAACUAACCCUGUAGAAGUCACAGACCUGGAAGAAUUGGAACAGUUUGCCAAAACUUUUAAACAGAAGAGGAUAAAACUUGGAUUUACUCAAGGAGAUGUUGGAUUAGCAAUGGGAAAACUCUAUGGGAACGACUUCAGUCAAACUACGAUAUCUCGAUUCGAAGCCCUAAACCUUAGCUAUAAAAACAUGUGCAAGCUUAAACCUCUUCUUCAAAGAUGGCUGGAAAACGCUGACAACUCUUUCAGUGACAAUUCUGUCCCCCAUGUGAAUGUUCAAAUCGCACCAGAAACAUGUUCACGUCGACGAAGAAAACGAACCAGCAUUGAUACCAAUGUGCGAUUUGCUCUAGAGAAUGCUUUUAUGGAGAACCAAAAACCUACCUCAGAGGAUAUUGCUCAGUUAGCUGAAUCACUGUCUAUGCAGAAAGAGGUUGUUAGGGUAUGGUUUUGCAAUAGGAGACAGAAAGAAAAGAGAUUUAAUCCUCCCACGACACCAGCAAUGUCCUCUCCUUUGAGCAUAGCUCUUCCUGUCGCUGCUGCUAGUAUUUCCAUGUCUACCGGUCGUACGCCGGCGACUGGAACGUCAUCCAGUACAGUUCCUUCUGUCACUAACGUCAUCACUUGUCCAGCUACCUCAUUUUAUCCAACCUCGUAAAGUGCCAAUGUUACGUGAUAGCAUCUUUUGUGACAGAAUUAACUUCUACAUUUACUUCAGAAUGAAACGUUAAUGAAAGGGAAGUCUGGUUUUUAAAAAAAAACAAAAAAAACAGUGCCCUCAUCGUUGUGCUUUACGUAAUUUGUUGAUAGAAAUAGUGUUUGUUGUUUUAAUUACACAUUAAAAUUUAGUUAUUUGAUAUUUGUCGCGGUUUCUAAUAGAAUUGAGCAUUAAAAUAUUUAACCAAACAAAAUUAAAUUAUCUAAGUAUGAAUAUUCACACGAAAGUCUAAACAGUUUGAGUGUUAUUUGAGUGUUUAACGUACAUAUAUACAUGUGUGAACUAAGUGGAAUUAUUUUUAGAAGACUCAGGGAUAAAAUGUUUCUUCAAUUAGUAGUAGUGACUCAGAAGUUUAUAUGAAGUAUAUUGCAUAGACAUACAUUUAUAUAAUAGAUAUAUAUUCAUAAUAAUUUUCAGAAUGUUAUGUCCAACAAUCUUUCAAAAAGAAAUUACCACGUGCAGAUCAUGUUUUAACUAUUAUUUUGCUUAAAUAUCUUUACAUUCAGAGAUUCAGAAUAAUUCCGCUAAGAAUAUUAUAAUAGUUAUUUCUGCAUCUGUGUAAGUAAGACUAAUCUUUGUUCAGGCUUCCAAAGUUAAUAUAAUUCCAAAUGUAUUUUUGAAACGCGAGUGUGUCGAUACGUUUUUAGUACAUAGAUGUUAUUUAUGAAAAAUUAGAUGUUUUCACCAACGUGGAAGGAAGGGUACAUUCGGGUCGUCGGGAUUGCGCUGAUAAAUCACCCGAGUGUUCAGUGUAUUUUGUAAUAAUUACUUGUUGUAGAAUGGUCCAUCCUACUUUUUCCAUUACUAUUUUGAAGUGCUGCCCAUUGAUUUGUCUUGUAGCCUAAUUUACUCUAUACAUUUAGAUCUAUUACGAGAACCAGUAUAAUUUUUGUAAGUUUCUAUAUGUUAUGAACAUGUGGAUAUUCAUGGCUAUUUCUAUGAUGUCCCGAAGUUGUAGCUCAUUUAAAAAAGAAGAAAGAAAAAAGAAGUCGUUUCUCUUAUUUUUACAGAAGCAGAAACUUUUAUAUAAAUGUUUGUUUGUUAUCGAAUAUUUCUGUUUUUACAUAUCCUACAAAUCAUGAUUGUUUAAGUUUUCCGUUUUGUCAGGGAUAGAUUUUAUCUUGUCUAAAACGUGUCUUUACACAAUAAGCCUUCUAUAAAAUAUAUCGGGUUUUUCUCCACGUUUCGUCAUGUUCUGCCAAAAUCUUAGUACAAUUUUUCCUGCCCCAGGGCAAACCCCAACAUAUUCCUACUUACCUCAAUAUAUUGUUUAUCUACUGUUAUCAAAAGCCUUCCGCUGUUUUUCAUUAACCACAGAGUGGAAACCUUAAAUAUCCCAUGAGAUGCAAAGUCACAAAGAAUUUGUAUCCAUUCGAUAACAUGAAUAUGCUUUCUCUUGAUAUUUUAUUCCCACUUUCACUAAAUACUUUGUUUGUUUGUAGUUAAGCAUAAAGUUGCACAAAGGGCUAUCUGUGCUCUGUCCACCACGGGUAUAUAAAUCCGGUUUCCAGCGUUGCAAGUCCGCAGACAUACAGCUGUGCCACUGGGGGCAUAUUAAAUACACACCGACGAUGAAAUAAUAUAUUACCUGUUUACCAAGGCAAUGGACCACAAUGUUGCAAAUUAAAGUGUUUUACUUCUUGGCUCCCUUCUUCUAUUACCGUAUAAUCUGUCUUUAACACAAGUUUGUUUUUAUCUACCACAAGUUGUUAUUUUAAAUCAA